AGGUGUGUGUCUGUGCUCUGUGGCUGCCUGCCCCACUCCAUGCUGAGAAGCACGGUGGACAGGCCAUCCAGCCAGAGCCCCAACAAGCCUGAAACAAACCAGCCCAGUGACUUGCAAUGGAAACUGCAGAUGUCUCUAGGAGCAAUGGGGCGAGCCCAGAAGCCAGGGACGCCCUCAGCCCACCGAGCACCAAUGGUGGCCUGGAGAACGGGGCCAAGUCUGAAGCCAAGGAUGCCAAGACCACCAAUGGGCAUGGCGGGGAAGCACCUGAAGGCAAGAGCCUGGGCAGCGCCCUGAAGUCAGGGGAGGGGAAGAGCUCCCUGUUCUCCGGGAAUGAGUGGAGGAGGCCCAUCAUUCAGUUUGUCGAGUCUGUGGAUGACAAGGGCUCCAACUACUUCAGCAUGGACUCCGCGGAAGGCAAGCGGUCACCCUACUCAGGGCUCCAGCUGGGGGCCGCCAAGAAGCCGCCGGUAACUUUUGCCGACAAAGGGGAGCUGCGCAAGUCCAUCUUCUCGGAGCCCCGGAAGCCUACGGUGUCCAUCAUGGAGCCGGGGGACGUGCGGCGGAACAGCUACCCCCGGGCAGACACCGGCCUUCUCCUCAGGCCCAAGUCGGGCUCUGAAGAGGUCCUGUGUGACUCCUGCAUCGGCAACAAGCAGAAGGCCGUCAAGUCCUGCCUGGUGUGCCAGGCCUCCUUUUGUGAUCUGCAUCUCAAGCCCCACCUAGAGAGUGCUGCCUUCCGCGACCACCAGCUGCUCGAGCCCAUCCGGGACUUCGAGGCCCGCAAGUGCCCCCUGCACGGCAAGACCAUGGAGCUCUUCUGCCAGACAGACCAGACGUGCAUCUGCUACCUGUGCAUGUUCCAGGAGCACAAGAAUCACAGCACCGUGACCGUGGAAGAGGCCAAGGCCGAGAAGGAGACGGAACUGUCACUACAGAAGGAGCAGCUGCAGCUCAAGAUCAUUGAGAUUGAGGAUGAAGCUGAGAAGUGGCAGAAGGAGAAGGACCGCAUCAAGAGCUUCACCACCAAUGAGAAGGCUGUCUUGGAGCAAAACUUCCGAGACCUGGUGCGGGACCUGGAGAAGCAGAAGGAAGAAGUGAGAGCUGCACUGGAGCAGCGGGAGCAGGAUGCUGUGGACCAAGUGAAGGUGAUCGUGGAUGCUCUGGAUGAAAGGGCAAAGGUGCUGCAUGAUGACAAGCAGACCAGAGAGCAGCUGCACAGCAUCAGUGACUCAGUGCUGUUCCUGCAGGAAUUUGGUGCAUUGAUGAGCAAUUACUCCCUCCCUCCACCCCUGCCUACCUACCAUGUUCUACUGGAGGGUGAGGGCCUGGGGCAGUCUCUUGGCAACUUCAAGGAUGACCUGCUCAAUGUGUGCAUGCGCCAUGUUGAGAAGAUGUGCAAGGCGGACCUAAGCCGCAACUUCAUUGAGAGGAACCACAUGGAAAAUGGUGGAGACAGUCGUUACAUGAACAACUUCUCAAACAGCUUCACGACUGACUGGAGUGCAUCAGACCCCAUGAAGAGAUACUCCAUGUACCUCACGCCCAAGGGUGGAGCCCGGACAUCAUACCAGCCAUCAUCCCCCAGCCGCCUCUCCAAGGACAUCAAUCAGAAGAAUUUCAACAAUCUCUAUGGCACUAAAGGUAACUAUACCUCCCGGGUCUGGGAAUACUCCUCCACCAUGCAGAGCUCUGAUGAUCUGCCUGCAGUCCAAGGCAGCUCCUCCUUCUCUCUGAAAGGCUAUCCUUCCCUCAUCCGGAGCCAGAGCCCUAAGGCCCAGCCGCAGACUUGGAAAUCAAGCAAGCAGACUUUGUUGUCUCACUACCGGCCAUUCUACGUCAACAAAGGCAAUGGGAUUGGGUCCAAUGAGGCCCCGUGAGUUCC